AUGGCCUCUGGCUCUUACAACGGCAACAACGGCUCCUUCAACCCCGCCUCCUACACCCGCGCCUUCUUUGGCUCCCCCCUCUCCUGGCGCCCGGGCUCUUUCGGCAGCCACUUUUACCCUGGCUCCUCCCCCGGUCAGUUGCUCGGCCCUCUCGACCCCAACGACUUUCGCUCCGGCAAGAUCUCCUCGUCGAUAGAGAGCGACCGCGGCUCUCUCAUCCACGCCCUCGGCGCCCUCGAGCGCGAGGAGGAAUUCUGCCGUAAUUACACAUGUUGCGGCCUCAAUCUCACCGACCUCCACGCCCUCGUCGAACACUUCGAGGAGUGCCACGUCGUCGUCGUCGACCCCUACAACACCGCUCCCGCUCCACCCUCCUCCCCGAGGCAGGCCCCCUAUUUCUCACAGGACGCCCUCGCAGCCCUCGCCGCACAGCACCACGCCCAGCAGCACCUCGGCUCCUUUGACCCAGACGACAUGGAGCUCGACCUCGACUCGAGUCCCUCCUCCUCGAGCGCGUCCUCCCCCCCGCAGACCCCUAUCUCCACCCCGCUCGCCUCGUACAUACCCUCCUACGCCUUUUCCCAGCCAGGCUCCGCCUGCCCCUCCCCGGUCUCGGCCUUUGACACCACCUCGGUGCUCCCCUCCCGCGCGGGCGGCUCCCCGCUCGCCCCCUUCCCGCCGGCCCACCGUGCCCCCGUCCGUGCCGCGGAGGACGCCUUUAAUGCGUACUCUGGCUACCAGGACUACUCCGCGGGCAUGCCCGGCACCGUCCCCUCCCCCAAGGGCAUGCGCUCCAGCGUCCUCGCCGACGACCGCUCCAUGUCCGAGCCCGGAAGCCCUUACGGCUGCCUCCCCCCCGCGCUCCUCUUCAGCACGAGCACCACGCCUGCAAACACCCCCUCCACCUCUCGCGUGCCCUCGCCCUCGAACGGCGCCGCCUCGUACCUCCCUCUCUCCGCGCACGCCUCCACCUCCGCCUCUGCGUCCAACUCGGGUACCUCGACGCCCGCCUCGGCGAUCACCCCGCGCGCGAGCACGACGCUCUCGCGGCCUUCUUCGUCGCUGCUGCUCUCCAAGCCGUUCCGCUGCCCCAAGCCGAACUGCAGCAAGUCGUACAAGCAGGCGAACGGGCUCAAGUAUCACAUGACGCACGGCUCGUGCAACUUUGCGCCGCCGAAGGACCUCGAGGCGCUCCAGGCGCUGCUCGCGGAGAAGGGCGUCGGUGUCGGCGCGGACGGCGCCACGCGCGGCGCGCAGAUGAGCGAGGGCGAGAUGCGCGAGGUCGAGCGCGAGGCGGAGCGCCGCCUGCGCCCGUUCGCGUGCGGCGUCGGCGACUGCCAGCGCAGGUACAAGAACAUGAACGGUCUCCGCUACCACUACCAGCACUCGGGCGACCACGGCGCGACGGGGCUCAAGCUGCUCGCCUCGGGGCAGCACGAGUGCCUCGUGCACACCAAGUCCGCCAACGCAUCGCGGCACUCGACGCCCACCGCGUCCGCCGCUGCCCACGCGCACGCGCAGCAGCAACAGCAGCAUCGGACCGCGACCGCGCCCACGACGCCCGUAGGCGCCGGCUCGCAGUCGCCCGCGCCGUGGCAGAGCCAGUACCCGGCCGCCGCCGCGUUCCAGCAGGCGCAGCUGCAGUUGCAGCAGCAGCAGCAGAGGGAGCAGCAGCAGCAGCAGCAACAGCAGAGGGGCCAGCAGCAGCAGCAGCAGCAGCAGCAGUAUCAGCAGUACCGCCCCCCGCAGCAGCAGCAGCAGCAACAGGUUGUUGUGCAGCAGGGGAUGUAUAUGGGCAAUAUGCAGGCGUGA